GAAUUAUGAUGUGGAAAAUUGGGAACUGUUGAUGAAAGAGCUGAAGAAAGGAAACAACACCAAAAUACACGCGGUGAACCGUGCGCAGAUGAUCGACGACGCAUUCAACUUAGCUCGUGCUGAUCGUUUGAACUACACGGUCGCUUUGAAUCUGACUCUCUUCUUGAGUCGUGAGACCGAUUACGUGCCCUGGCAACCGGCGUUCAGGCAUUUGAGCUUCCUGCAGAACUUAUUACGCACCUCCGACAAAUAUUACACUUUCAGGCGUUACGUGGCAUACCUGACAAGGGCUUUGUCGAAGCACGUGGGUUUUGAACCGAAAGCGAACGACAGCGAUCUCGUAAAAGCGCUCAGAAAAGACGCAAUGAGAUGGGCCUGCGAAGCUGGCGUCAAGAAUUGCACAUCCUACGCUGAGAAAACAUAUCAACAAUGGCUUAGAAAUCCUUCGACUGUAUUGGACGUUAACCUAAAGAACGAAAUUCUCUGCGCUGGGGUCAGGACCGCGAACGAGAGCAUGUGGUCUAAUAUUCUGAAACAAAUAACUGUAUCUGAACCCGAUGAAGAGACUAGGAAGGAACAGCUGGUGGCUCUAGCCUGUUCCAACUCGACUAAGAUUCUGAAGAAAUACCUAAACUCAACUCUCAGUCCAGGCUAUCCGAUUAAUUUCAAGACGGCAGCGGCAAACGUGGUGUCCAGAUAUCCGGGGGGUGCCCAACUCGUUUUCAAUUUCGUGCUCAAAGAAUACAGGCGCAUCGAGAAAUUAGAGAAUUUCAAAACUAUUAUGAAAGAUGUCGUUACAGCGAUUAGCGGAGGAGUUACGAAUAAGGAGCAACUUCUUAAUCUGACCGCAUUUUUCCUGGGUAGAAAACUGGAUCCGGAGGAUGAUGUCUUGAAAGAUGCGGUACAGAACAUGAUAUGGAUUAAUAAAUACAAGUCAACUGUAGAUGAGUGGCUGGGCGAUAACAGUGAUAUAUUCGAGAGGCCCGAUAACGGAG